AUGAAUAUGAAGAAACUUGCAGAUCAAGGAAAGCUCCAAGUCAUCCCAAUCUUUUAUAAAGUGAGUGCAAGAGACGUUAGGAAACAGACAGGCGAGUUUGGUGAAAACUUUUGGACGCUAGCGAAGGCUACUAGUGGAGAUCAGAUCGAGAAGUGGAAGGAAGCCUUGGAGUCUAUCUCCGACAAGAUGGGUUUGUCGUUGCAAGACAAGUGCUCUGAAGCCGAUUUUGUCAAGGAAAUUGUCAAGGAGGUCAAGAAAGUUAUAGCAGCAAUUGGAUUAGAAGAAAAAGAAGAAAACCAUUUUGGAGAAAAAGCAGAAAGCUUAAAAAGGAGAAAUCUUGAGAAUUGCAUUCUCCAUGUAUGUUUGUUUCAGAAUUAUCAACAAAUGUUGGGACGUAGACUUGAACCAGAGGCUCUCCUUCAUGGAGAUCCUCGAGAGGACCUAGAAGAACAAGGAAUCUUUGCCAUCUGA